AUGCUGAAGAACUCCGGCUACGAACAAUUACUCUGCAGCAAUGGCAACCAGUUCAAGUUGUCUGUUACUGCAGUCAACACAAAUGGCUGCGCAAACCAAGGCACACUCAAGCUCUGCGUUGGCUCACAAAAGAACUUCACAAAGAAUGCUCAGGAAUUCAAGGUUGGAGCAAAGCCACAGAGCACAGAGUAUAACUUCCAGUACCAGAACCCACACCGCUCAUCAAUUGUUAUCGCUCUUUACAACAGAAAGAGUUUCUGGUCCGAUAACAAGCAAAUCGGCAAGGCAGAAAUUACACUCGAUAACUUCGACAUCAAUUCUUCUUGCACACGCGAAGUCCAGCUCGGAGAAAAUGGCCCAAAGGUCAUUCUUCAAGCCACAAGAAAUGAGAACUUUUAA